UUAGGGUUUGUGUGUGUGUGUGUGUUUUUAAGCAGAAAAAGACCUUUGCUCCUUAAUGGAGCAGUGAAACCAGAAGCCGUAAUUUAAGCUGCAGGAAUGCCUGAAAAAGUUAACUGAUUAAGACAAUGUGCAUUAUAUCUGAAGGUUCAUUCUCCAGCGUGGCAUCGUAGGGAAUAGACAAGAUCUACUGUAUCCGGGGGGAAGCUGAAACAGCUUAUUUACCCCAGUUCACCCGAAAACUUCCAGCUAAAGAAUAUAUUAUUCCGUAAGAAAAGUCAUCCAAAUGACUUUUUUCCUGGACUGGGGGAAAGCUUUAUGCGUAACCGAGAUAAAAAGACUCGGCUCUCCAAUUUGUGCAGAAAUCCUGGAUUAUUGUGCGUUUCUGUGACAGUCGGGAGUCCCCCUUCACGGCUCACUGUUUGAGGUUUUGUAUUUCGGAUUUACCGCUGUUCAACAAACGCUGAAAAAUACCGAUGUCGCCCUUCAAGGGGGGGAAAUAAAGUCGGGAAGUUUUUAAUCACGCAAAUGGAUUAACUACUGCUAAUUUGAAAUACAUGGAGAGGAGACUGAAAGAGAUGGGACAGCAGGACCUGUAAUGGGGUUACCUUGGAGAAAUAACGAUUUAUAUUGAUGGAUGCCAGCAGGUAAAGCAAGGAUGACUAAGAGAUUUAAGCACAAAGCACAUAGUGGGACACUGCUUCUGAUGUUCUGUGUGAUUUCCCUGUGGGAGAAGACUGCUGGCCACCAAGCUGAUGGUCACCAAGCAGUACAUCACGUCGGAGCUGGGACCUGUGAAGUUGUAGCCAUACACCGAUGCUGCAACAAGAACAAGAUAGAAGAGCGAUCACAGACUGUGAAAUGCUCCUGCUUUCCAGGACAAGUGGCCGGGACCACGCGGGCUGCCCCCUCAUGUGUAGAUGCUUCCAUCGUGGAACAGAGAUGGUGGUGCCAGAUGCAGCCCUGCCUGGAUGGAGAGGAAUGUAAAGUUCUCCCAGAUCUCAAAGGCUGGAGCUGCGCUACAGGGAACAAGAUUAAGACCACAAAGAUUUCUCCUGACAAAGACCAGCUUUGGUAAUACACAGAGAUCCACUGCAGUGAGAUGAGACCGCAAAGCUGGAGCCCAGAUCACUUCUCCUGUCGUGGCACUUUGCAGAUGCCAGAUGUUCAUAUAACCAAUCAGCUUUUAUGAAUAAUGUGGAGCCAGCACAGAAAAUCAGAUGCAGGAUGAAGGAUGUGCUGCUGAUCUAUGAAAUGCAUUCGUAAAAGCCUUUAGCCAAUAUUGAAGUAAAUAAAUACAAAUCUUGUCAAUUAUUUUGCUAUAAAGAAGCAAGUAGAAUCAUUCUAUAUCUAGAUUAUGCCCAACUUUCCAAUAUGAAACAAUUCCACAAUAAGAAAAACAUUUAUCUCAGUGGCAGCUAGGAACUGAAAUCAGGUUCUGUAUGAAAGAAUGCAUUAUCUGUACAUGCAGUGUGAAUUUUUAAGCAGCAUAACGAAAAAGCUUGCUGUACUUUAAUUCGAUUGUUGUAUGCUUUUAUUAUGUUACACUAUCCAUUAUCAUGACUAAUGUUUAAAAUAUAAAACCUCCCAUAAAGGGGCAAAAAUUUGUUUCAAAUCACAAUAUUGAAACCAUCAUUAAUUUGGAUGAAUGUGCAAAAAAGAGAUCAAUGGAUAAUUCAUAGCCAUGAUCUUUUGACAUCUCCUGCCAGAUUUAAUUAGCUGCAUUUGUUAUUAAUGCUUAUGUUAGGCAAUAGAACAGUCAUUUAUCAUAGGAAGUGGCCAUAAAGGGAAUUAGCUAACAUUUACAAGUGGGUGUUUUAGUAAACAGACCCUGCGUUACUGAAACACUGGCCAGUAACAAACAGCAUUUAAAAUAAGUAUUUAAUUUACACCUUCGUAGCAUCCAGAUGAUGAAAAUUUAAUGUGAUUUGUACGCUUGUAGUUUGAGUGAUUUCGUCACACUGACUCCAUGAAUUCGUUUUGUCCAUCAGUACGUCCUCGAUUUGUGCUAAUCAGUUUCCUGCUUUUGCUCAUUUCAAAUUAGAAAACUGCCAGCUGAAAUAUUUCCAAGCACCCAUGUGACUCCAGGAUUGUUUACAGUAUGUAAAAUGGAGGUAAUAGUGAACUUAACACAGCUUAAUUGGGUGAACAGUGCGCUCACCGUCGGUGUCAUUAGACACAGUUAAAGGUCUUGUCAUUAUUUCAUCAUCUGUGCGAUCCUUGCCUCCAGCCCACCAAGAUUUCAGGUUUGCCAAAUAUAGCAGCUUCUGUAAAUGUAAGUUAGCACAGAGAGGCACAAUGCAGUGGAUGCUUAUGGGCCGCUGGGACAAACACGCAGGUGUCAUUUAUUGUGAUGCAGCGUAAAGCUAUCUCUGUUUUCAUUCUUGGCUAAAUGAAUUUGACCAUUCUGGUACAAGGACAUUUUCUACUGAAUGCAUAGUCUCCAUAACAACAUAGUGAAGGUAAACAAGAAAUGUAUAUUUGAAAAUAUAUUACUAUAAAAGCAGUAUACAUUUAUAACUGGUGACUUUUCAAAAAAAUGUUUUUUCCUGUAUAAAGUAUUCUCCAUCUAAUGUGUUUAUAAAUUAAAGCCAGCUGAAAUGUCUUUUGAAAAUUUGCAUUUGUUAAGGAAUAACAAUGAAAAGAUUAAUUUACUAUGAAUUCAUGUCUGUCCUUGGUAUGAUUUAUUUGUGCAGUGGUCAUAUGAUUAUAUAAAUAAAUUAUAACUGUACCCUUAAAUUGUCUCCAAUAUAAAUAUUUUCA